AUGGAAACAUUCUUUUCGCUUCCUGCUGAGCUUCAGACGUCCGUGUUGAAGUACCUGGAUAGUGAAGAUCUAGACAGGCUAUUCGAGCUUCCUGAUCUACUACGACAAGAUGGAUUUCGCAGCCCAUACUCAGUGAUAAGGCAUCAGGCCCUCUGGGCCAAGUACUACCGUCAGAAUUUGGUGAUGCUGAAUAGCGAUGAGUUCCGCAGAUUCUCGAUUCCAGAGUUAUUAUAUCUCAUACAGCAAGACAUCGUCAUUGCUCCGUCGGAGAUCACAGUGGUGCUCUUUGACUUCACAGACUACAAGAAUCUGGUGUCAUUCAUGUACACCAUUGUUCAGUUGCUUCUUGUGGAGAACGUUCCAUUGGAAAACACCCUCUUGAAGCUGCUUUUCGAGCCGCUCUGCUCUGGCGAGUACAAUGUGAACUGGUUCACCAUUAAGUACCACCCAGGAAUGGGUAAAAAAGUUCGGGAAAAUGGGCCAUUGCAGCUCAACGUAAACGAGCUUUUCCAGUCUGGCAGCGAAAUCGCCAUCACCAAUUUGCAAUUGCAUUUGUUCAAUUCCAACAACCUUUUGAAGCACUUGGUGGAUGAAAGCGGCUGUUUCUACUGCAGAAACCUCAAGUCCUUGGACCUUUCCUACAACAACAUCACAGACACCAUUUUGGAGACGCUUCGCCUUCCUACCUCGCUUGAGCACCUCAAUCUUUCAAACAAUCUGUUGAAGAUCAUCAACAACCGGACUCUUCCGUAUCGUCAUUUGACCGCACUCAAGUCGCUCAACCUUUCCAAUAACAAUAUCAUGAAAAUUGAGCUUCAGAACUACUCCGAAUUAGACGCUCCGCUGUAUAGUCUUCAGCUGGUCAAUUUGGCCGGCAAUUUGAUUGCCGAUUACAGAAGAAUCUUCACCUGCAAAUUGUUUGAACGUGUCAAGCGAAUUGAUCUAUCCAAGAAUCUUUUGGAAAAAAUUACACCUUUCCCAGACCUGGUGGUUUCUAUAGACGUGAGCGGGAACUAUUUCGCCUUACAUGGUCACCAGAUGGUUGGUGUAUUUCCACGUGGAUUGAGAAGAUUAUGUGUCAGCGCAGCCAUGCCUUCAGAUCAAUGUUAUGGAGAGUUUGCCAGGUAUUUGAUCCAGGAAGCAGAAUUGUGGAAUCUUGGAGAGCUUCAGAUCUGUGGAGUAAACCGAGAGCUUCCUAGAGAGGUGCGGUGA